AAGAUAACUUAGAAAAAACUAGUAUUAAGCGAAAAUACAGAAUUUGCAACUCUAAAGGUUAUAACGCAUAUACUUGUUCAGGCUUGGCCAAAUCUGAUAAUUCAAAUGAUGAUGAUCUAAAAGAUGACUCAGAAGAAACUA